AUGUCCUCAAGCUUGAAGCCACUUACUCUCUGGGGCGAUGGCGGCAUCAACCCCACGAAAGUCGCCGUCAUUCUAUUCGAGCUGAACCUGCCCUUCAACACCGAAAAGGUCCUUCUGAGCGAUAUCAAGAAACCAGAAUACACCGCCAUCAACCCCAACGGUCGCCUUCCUUCCCUCCGCGACCCCAACACGGGCAUCACGCUGUGGGAGUCUGGCGCCAUUAUCGAAUACCUCAUUGAGCGUUAUGACACCGAGCAUAAGCUCAGCUUCGAGGCAGGCACACCGGAAUAUUACCAGACCAAGCAGUGGCUUCACUUCCAGAUGUCCGGCCAGGGCCCCUACUACGGACAAGCAUCUUGGUUCAAGAUGUUCCACAAAGAGCCGAUACCCAGUGCUAUUGAGAGGUACGCCGGCGAGGUGAACCGUGUCAGCGGUGUUCUGAACACGUUCCUGGAGAAGCAGGCCAAGGAUGCCGGUUCCGGCAGCGGGCCUUGGCUCGUUGGGCAGAAGGCCACUUAUGCCGACCUGGCUUUCCUGCCUUGGCAGUGGCUGAUCUCCGUCGCGCUCACCAAGGAAGAGUACGACGUUGAGAAGUACCCGGCAAUGAAGAGCUGGUUGGAUAGGAUGGAGGCGCGUGAGGGGGUGAAGUCUGGACAGGCGACCAUGAAGCGCCUGGAUUAG